AUGGAGGACUGUGGAGUAAUUGUUGACAAGAUCAAAAAGAAGCUUCACACAUGGGCUACGAGGCAUCUUUCAUAUGCAGGUAGACUUCAACUCAUUCACACUGUUUUGCUUGGUUUGAGGAACUAUUGGAUGAACAUUUUUGUUCUUCCCCAAAGUGUAAUCAAAGAGAUUGAGAAACAUUGCAGAUUAUUCCUUUGGGGACAAUCUGGGAAUCGGUGUAAAGUCCACUUUGGUUCUUGGGAGAAGGUGUGCAGGCCUAAACACCUAGGAGGUCUCGGGUUCAUGGAAGGAACUAAAUGGAACAUGGCUACCUUGGCUAAAUUCCUAUGGGCUAUUAUGGAGAAGCAUGAUGUUCUAUGGGUCAAAUGGGUUAAUGUUGUAUAUAUGAAAGGAGAUGACAUAUGGAACUACAAGCUUGGAGUGGAUACAAGCUGGUAUUGGAAGAAGCUUUGCCAUUUAAGGAAAGACUUCAAACAACAGCAGAUUAUGGCUGCAGGAAGGAAUGGCAAAUUCAUGGCAUCUUUUCUUUAUAAUAACAUGGUGUCUUGUGAGGAAGAUCAGUACUGCAAAGCUGUUUGGAACAGAUAUAAUAUCCCCAAGCACAGAUUUAUACUUUGGCAAACUGUACACACCCAACUCUUAACUAGAGAUCAGCUCGCAAUUUUUCACAUCAGCAUUUUAUCAUCAGAUUGUCCGGUGUGUGGGUUGGAAGCUGAAACUCAUCAGCAUUUAUUCUUUGAUUGCUGUUUUUCUAAACAGGUUGUGUAUGAGAUCUUUAGUUGGCUAGGCUUUCAGGCUUGGAACUUGCAGUUCACAAGCUGGAGAACUUUUUUGUCUAUAACAGAUAGCAGGUUCAAGGAUAAAGUGGUGGUCAUGCUGCUUGCUGCGGUUGUCUACUAUAUUUGGCUAAAUAGAAACAAAUGUACACAUGAUAAUAGCUCUUACACAAUUGGUCAUAUAGUUAAAGAGAUUAAAAGGAUUGUAAAGUAUAGAUUGUAUAGCUAUAGACAAAGGAGGAUUGAUUCCAAUAGCCAAGGUUUAAUGUGCAUGCUGCUAACUUGA